AGACCCGGCGGGGCCGACCUUCCCGCCGGGCAUGAGCCGCCCCCGCUAGGACCGGCGCGAAGCGGUGCCUGCGGCGGGGCAGGAUGACCCACAUGCUGCAUGCGGCGGCCCGGCGGGUGCAAUGGAGCAGGGCGAGCGCGGCGAAGAGGGCUGCCUGCCUGCUGGCUGCGGCGUACGGGCUCAAAAUCCUCUAUCCCGUCAUCCGCAGGCGCAUGAAGCGGGCGGGCUGCAAAGGCGGCUCGCAGGAUGCCGGCCGGGCUGAAGGGAGCCGGGAGGCGCCGCCGCACCGCACCGGCAGCCGGGGCAGAGCCUCCCCGGCCGUGAACGUGGAAUUUUUCAAGCAGCUGCUGGAACUUCGCAAGCUGUUCUUCCCAAAGCUGGUGAGCGCCGAGCUGGGCUUGCUCUGCCUCCACUCGGUCGCUCUGGUUUCCAGGACCUUCCUCUCCGUCUAUGUGGCCACCCUCGAUGGGAAGAUUGUGAAAAGCAUCGUGGAAAAAAAGCCCAGGAGCUUUGUCUUCAAAUUAAUCAAAUGGCUGAUGAUUGCAAUCCCGGCCACUUUCGUGAACAGCACCAUACGGUACCUGGAGUGCAAGCUGGCCCUCGCCUUCCGCACGCGCCUGGUGGAUCACGCCUAUGAGACCUACUUUGCCAACCAGACUUACUACAGAGUGAUCAGCAUGGACGGGCGGCUGGCCAACCCUGACCAGUCCCUCACCGAGGACAUCAUGAUGUUCUCACAGUCCGUGGCGCAUCUCUACUCCAACCUCACCAAGCCAAUCCUGGAUGUCGUGCUCACCUCCUACACCCUCAUCCGCACAGCACGGUCCCGGGGGGCUAACCCCAUCGGGCCCACGGUCCUGGCUGGGCUCGUCGUCUACGCUACGGCCCGCGUGCUCAAAGCCUGCUCGCCCAAGUUUGGCAAGCUGGUGGCUGAGGAGGCUCACAAGAAGGGCUAUCUGCGCUUCAUGCAUUCACGCAUCAUUGCCAACGUGGAAGAGAUCGCCUUUUACCGAGGGCACAAGGUAGAAAUGAAACAACUGCAAAAAAGCUACAAGGCUUUGGCAGAUCAAAUGAAUCUCAUUUUGUCCAAACGUUUAUGGUACAUCAUGAUAGAGCAGUUCCUGAUGAAGUACGUCUGGAGUAGCUGUGGUAUGAUUAUGGUUGCUGUGCCCAUCAUCACUGCAACGGGAUUUGCAGAUGGCGAAUUGGAAGAUGGCCAGAAACAGGCAAUGGUUAGUGAAAGAACAGAAGCUUUUACUACAUCACGGAACUUGCUGAUCUCAGGAGCAGAUGCUAUUGAAAGGAUUAUGUCUUCGUACAAAGAGGUUACUGAGCUAGCAGGCUACACCGCCCGUGUCUACAACAUGUUUUCAGUCUUUGAUGAGGUGAAGAGAGGCAUCUACAAAAGAACUGCUGUUAUUCAAGGGUCUGAAAACAACAGCAAGAAUGAAGAUAAAGCAGAAUUACACAUUGAUGGGCCCUUAGAAAUCAAAGGGAAAGUUAUUGAUGUUGAUCAUGGAAUUGUUUGUGAAAAUGUUCCUAUUAUUACUCCGAAUGGCGAUGUGGUGGUUUCCAGACUAAACUUCAAAGUCCAGGAGGGGAUGAAUCUUUUAAUCACUGGACCCAAUGGCUGUGGAAAGAGUUCACUCUUCAGAAUUUUAAGUGGUUUGUGGCCUGUGUAUGAAGGAGUUCUCUACAAACCCCCUCCGCAGCACAUGUUUUAUAUACCACAAAGGCCCUACAUGUCCAUUGGGACACUACGUGAUCAAGUCAUCUAUCCAGACUCAGUGGAUGACAUGCACGAGAAAGGCUACCAAGAUCAAGAUCUGGAGUGUAUCCUGCAUAUGGUUCAUCUGUACCACAUAGUUCAAAGAGAAGGAGGCUGGGAUGCCGUCAUGGAUUGGAAAGAUGUCUUAUCAGGAGGAGAAAAACAAAGGAUGGGCAUGGCUCGAAUGUUUUACCAUAAGCCGAAAUAUGCAUUGCUGGACGAAUGCACGAGUGCUGUAAGCAUUGAUGUUGAAGGAAAGAUAUUCCAAGCUGCAAAAGCUGCUGGGAUAUCCCUGCUUUCUAUAACACACAGACCUUCUCUUUGGAAGUACCACACUCACUUGCUGCAGUUUGAUGGACAAGGUGGCUGGCGUUUUGAGCAGUUGGACACCGCUAUCCGUUUAUCACUGAGUGAGGAAAAACAGAGACUGGAAUCCCAACUUGCAGGAAUUCCUAAAAUGCAGCAGAGACUGAAUGAACUGUGUAAAAUCUUGGGAGAAGACUCAGUGCUUAAAACAAUGGACAAAGAAGAAUAAAUAAUUUAUGUUUUAUGUUUUUAAAAGUAUUUUUUUAGUUAAAAGCAUUACAAAUUCAGCCAUUAUCCUUUGCAUGCAUUGUGAUAGAGGCUUAGAGCAUAGAGAAACACAGCCAGCAGAAAAUAAUGCUCUAAAUGCUAUGUAAGACUUUAGCGUUUUAGUGUUAAGGAAGACAGUGGUUGAACUGUGAAAAGAAAAUAAGCAAGUGCACAAAGUAUAAGAUUAGUCAUUGCAGCUUAUGUUAAUUCCUAGUGAAAGCCCGAUUCACUGCAAAGAACUACCAACGCACUUAGGUUUUGUAGGUGAAUUUUUGCCUGAAACUUGGCCUGCAGAAUGUGCUCUUGUACCAGGUCACUGUGCGUAUGAUAUGCCUGCUACGCAGAGCAAACCUGGCAUGAAACUCAGGCAUGGAGCACGGCAGAGGCAGCAUCUGGGUGAGUAUGCAGAUGCAUGCGAAAAUCUCAUUUGGGUAUAAGAAACAUUCUUUCAGCCCAUGUAAAACCAAACUCCUGUUCUACUACUGAAUCGCAUACACGCCUUUACCUGCAUUUCGAUAGGAAAUAGCGUAGUAGGCUGACCAGAAGACAACUGUCCGAGCAACCCACUGCCCUCGCGACAGAGAAGCAGGGAUAGAGCUAAAUAUGUAAUAUACUUGUGCUGUACUUUAUGCCAUUAUGUAUAGCUUCAGAGGCUCUUUGCUCUUCAUGAUAUGUCGGUUCCUUUGGGGGAUUAUUUAUGUCCCCUGUUUAGUAGCCUCUGGGGCAGGAUGGAGCACUGGGCCUGGCAUCAAGUGACUUAGUUUUUGCUUGACUAAGUCAUUCAUCUGCUCCAUGGGUCUGAUCCAGCCGGUGUCCAUCUCUGACCCAGUUCCUCCGUUGGUAAAAUCACAAUAUAGACGCUUGUUUGUUCGAUGAGACACUUUGUGACAUGAAGGACUGUAGGAGAGGAAAAUGUCAGUUUCUAACAAUACACUGAAUUCUCAGGCAUGGCUGUCCUGCCAAUUAAAAUGCUCAGCACUUACAAAGGUCUGUGAAAAGUUAGAGCAUUUUGUAACCACUAAUUAAUAUGCCUGCCAUAUUUUGGUAGAGUGGCUGAACACUGCCCUCCCCAUGGGUAAACACACCAGUUAACAGCUUUGCUUUCAGAUGCACUCACUGAUUGUCCCAUCUGCUUUUCAGUUCAGUAGGAACCUGGUCCCCGGUCAGUCAGAAGGUGCUUUAAACAGAAACCCCUAAGACAGUGCUGGCCUGAGUGCCUUGCCAGAGGCAAAAGCUGGUGAAUUAGAAAUAAAGGUGUGAAUGGAUUUAAGAGCUCCUGACCUGCUCUCUCUGAAUGCAAGUGCCUGGCAAAUGGGCAGCUUGGGAAUGAAGAUCAGGAGGGGUAAGAGGCUUUGCAGAUGGAUAAAUGAGCCUUAGCCGAGAUGUAGCAAGCCUGAAGUUUGUUGGUUCUUUUUUUUCCUAGAAGUGUGAUUCCUUAGAAGAUUUCUGUCUGGUGUGCUUAGUCUGAGAGGAGCAAUGCAUAAGCUGUUAAGAACUGGUAAGAGAGGAGAAAUAUUUUGGGGGUGUUUGCUGAGCUGGGAACGUUUGAGCACCCUGAAGUUAAUUUAAACUGUUUCCUUUUUCUGAUCGCUUCAAGAACAAGGGGACAGUGAAUUAACUCCAUCUGCCAAAUCCCAGUCCAGUGCACUAACCCAUCUUCCUUCUCACUGUGUGCUCGUCUUGCUGCUUGGUAUGGCACUUGCACCAGAAAAUGGAAUAAGUCUGCUCCCUGUCCUGUUCCUCCAGAGUCUGUGGCUUGAGUGUAACCCUGUAACUUGUCCUGGUGACAACAGUUUGUUCCUCUCAUUAGUUUUCUCUGUAGAGUCCCCUGGGACAUCUCACUGACACAGAAAGGAAUGCUCUUGGGAACCUUUGAAAGAGAUGAGAAAUUAAGGUUCAAGAUAAUAUGUUGUGUUGUAAAGUGCAGACUGGAGGUCACUGCUGUGGUGGAUGACAUGUGCAUGCAUUUUAAUUUGCAAGUGUCUCUGCUUGUCCCUCUCCCUGAAGGCUAGCUUUCCUCCUUCUCAUCUUCAAAGAAAAUUUCAGAACUGCUAAGGAAAAAAAGAAGUCAGCCAAGAAUCUGUUCUCGGUGAGCAUAAAUGAGAUGACUGAUGAUUUUAAAGGCUUGCACAUUUCUGAGUUAUGUUUCUUUAAGAUGGUGAUGAAUCAGGUAUGCAUCAUAUGCAUGCCCUUGUCCCAGCUGCAGCCAAAGCAGCCACAAAGCCACCUUUCCGCAAGCCUCUCCCAAGGCAGGAGCUGAGGUGGAGGAAGGGGUGUUAGUGUUCCCCACCCCUCCUUUAAGCACUUUACCAUGUGGCUGGGAGCUAAACCAGGGUUGUCCAGGCCCUGAAUGAGGAGGACACUGAAAAGUGCUGAACAAUUGGCCCAAUUCGGCACAGCUCCAGGUAUGGCCCUGCACGCUCCCAGCCUCCCACCAAAGCUCUGCCAUGGCGCUUGACUUGUUGGGAGCCAUUAUGGGCAAGUGCAGCGCCUGAAAUCUGCUGUACCACCUUGCAGAUAUCGAAGCUGGCCAUCCCUCAUGGCACAACAGAAACACAUCUUCUGAGGAAACCGCGUUUAGAAGAAAAAAGUUUGUUUGCUGUUUUUUUAAAUGAGAUUAUGCAUAAAACAUACAAAAGAUACGUACAUUACCGAUGAAAUUUUAAUGAAAACUGAAAUUGCACCAGGAUCAAUGUAAUAGUAUUUUCCUUGAAGUUUGAUAUAUAUUUCUUGGAUCCAGUAAUAGACUUAACCAUUCGCAUUCAGUAAUAUAGCGUAAAAUAUCCUAGCAUCUCACUCAGCUAUUGACAUUCUUGUAGGCAUGACAAGAACAUUAGAGGCUAGUAUGAGAAGAAACCCUUCUCUAAAUAGGAACUUUCUGAGUAAUACUGAGCCAGUUUUAGAAGGAUUUUCUGUACUGGUGGCUUAAUUAUUUUUAAAGUUAGUUUUGUGGCUGGAAGAGAAGCUGCCCUGGAGAUUUUCUCUGCAAACUUUCUGAGUUGUUCCAAGGGCUAAUUGAGACAGGAGUCUCUGGUUCUGUUUCUGGAGCGUUUCACCUCUGGUGUAAUACAGGGCAUAAGCCAGCUCACUUUGUGCUGCUUUGGACCCAGAUGGGAAAGCAAGAGCGGAGGUGCACACUCCCUGCUCAGGGAAUAGCUCAGGGAGACGGUGUUCUGGAGCCGAGGCACAGGGAGCACUGGGCCCUUGCAGUGCGAGAGGGUCAGAGCAGGGCAGGAUGCCUCGGUGGAAUCCUUUUUCGUGGUGCAGUGAGAGCUGCUCAUCAAUGUCCAUUCUUUUUCUGGCAUUCAGGAGCUGUGACUCCCCGGGAGGCCAAGGAAGUGACUAUUUGGCCUUCCUUCUGCUUGUCGUAUCUAGCUGGAGCUAGCCAGAUCCAGCUCGUUGUGUCAUGGCAUCUAUGCAUUCACGGCUGGAUACUGCAAAGUGCUCAAUGCACCUAGCCUCCUGUGGGCAUCCCCUCAGCCCCCAGGGCUCCGGGCAGACUGGACUUGCCUGGGUCUACAUCCUAGAGGAGUACAGGUGCUGAGCAAAAUUCAUACCAGUCUCAGGCAUGGAGUAACUGUACAAUAAAAAUAUGAAUUAUCCACAUCAGUUCAUUCAGAUUAUGCUGGGAUUUUUUGCAAGAAUCUUCAGAAUGGGAGGACACAUUUUUUUGUGCAUGGGAUUUCAGUAUUUUAACCUAGGAGGAGUUUGUUUUUCACUUAGUUUUGGGACCAGACUCAUUCCUGGUUUAGACUUGGAAGCCCUCCUUCUACAGGGGUAGAAAACCCUACAUAUCUUUUACAGGUGUUUUUUGAAACCAGGAGGAUUUUUAUUUGACUGAGGAAUGAAGGACUGGGUAUUCAAUGGGAUAUUUUAGGGAAAAUUGCAAUAAAAAUUAUAUCCUAAAGCAAAUGAACACAUCUACAGUCCCCUCAAUAUGGCUGAAUUAUGAUAAUGCAUGUCAAAGUCAAGUUUAUGAGCCUGUGAUCAGAGAUUUCAAUCAUAUAUAGAAUGAAAUCCCCCUACUGAGCUGUUCAUGAAGCUUAAGAGAACUGAACUGCUAAUCGAAUGUGUCUUUUGUUUUGUUUAUGUUUGAUAUUAAUGCCUUUUAAGAGCAGACAAUUUAUAAAGCAAUAAAUGAUGCUUUACAGUUGUAAUUUAUUCCAACCUCAAAUAAAACAUGUUGCAUUUAC